CAAGAAGGAGCCGGCGAGCAAGUGGAUAACUCCACUCAACCAGAUAAACUCCAAACUUUAGAUCAACAUGCCCUAUUAAAUAACAGCGUUCAACAAAAUGCAUACAAACAGCUCCAAAGUUUAGACGAAUAUGCUCUAUUAAGUGAUUCUGCUCAACAGCAUGAAUAUGAAGAACUUCAAGCGCCUGACAGAUGUGCUCUAUUAGAUAAAUUGAACCAAUAUGAACAACAUCCGGCUUCGAAUGAACACUCUCUAUUGAAUGAAUCCGUUCGUGGGCCGGUUGAAUACGGUCGUUCGCUGGAAUAUGGCCAUGACAUAUCGGAUGAAUCUUUUCAACUCAACGGAUACGAUCAAUUGAUUGGAUACAGUCAAAGAGGCGAACUAUUUGCGUCAACAGCCUAUUUUGAAAUCGGCGGGGAUUUGCCGUUUUACCCGAUCAACGGCAACUUCGUCUACUCUUUUAUUUGA